AAUCCAACACAAAUUCUAAUAACUUAAACUGUGUAUUUUCGUUCAUUUGUACUUGAUAGUAUUCCCUUUAGAUUAACAAUCGAAAUAACUUCUUUGUUGUUUGUUUGAUAUACACUUUGUAAGAAUUAAAUGAUCAUACGAUAAUUUUUUUAAUAAUUUGCUUAUUUUCAACGAGUAGAUGGGAUUGUUUACUAUUUGUAGUCAUUGUUUAGUGUGUCAUUCUUAAAAUUAUCACCGUGUUAAUCUUUAAUUAAAUAACGACAUCUUAGAAGACUAAAAUAUUUAAUAAAAGUGCUUAAUAAACAAUAAAUAAAUCAUGUAUAAAAAACCAACGUCCGGGAAAAAGACAAACUUGUCUCAGUUUGGCCUGAUAGACAUCCCAGAUUUGGAUGACGAAGAAGCAAUGGAUCUGUCUGAUGAUGAUGUGGAUUUAGAAGCAGAACUGGCAGCACUUAGCGGAGGAAAGAAGCAACAAAGACAACGCAAACCAGCUCCUGUACCAGCCAGUGACCUUGACGCUAUGAUCGCUGCGAGCUUGAAAGAUAUACCUUCAGAUGAAGAUGUGUCAGGUGAUGAGGAUGAUCCGGAUCUUCUAGACGAGCUUCAAGCCCUAGCGAUAGAUGACCAGCCUCAAUUAGAACCUCCACGAUCAAGGACAAGUCGACCGGCACCACCUCCACCGUCCGCUGAGAAUAGUAUUGUCAGCCUUCUACAAGAAAGAAUCUCCAAUUAUGCUAUCGCUGAGAAGAAUGCUAAGGAAAGCGGGGAAAGUGGAAGAGCUAGACGGUUUGGUAGAGCCCUCAAGACACUCAAUGACCUACUGAAGCAAGCUAAAUCUGGAAAAUCAAUAAACGAUGAGGACAUUCCUCCACCAGUUAGUGUGGGGAAACCUAAACCGGAUGUACCAAGAGAGAUGCCAUCGAAUGACCCACAACCAGAACCCACUAACACACUUCCUGAGCCGCUGACACCAACACAAGUCCCCUUACCCCCGCCGAGAACCACUUCCAUACCACCCAACCCUGAAGAACCUAGAUCUCCUACUCCACCAGAACCCAAAGAACCUCCACCACUUCUAUCAGAUGUGGAUCCUGCCAGGGCUCAAGGACUGCAAUUGAUACUGAAUAGGAAGGCGGAAUUCAAAGCAGCCGCCCUAUCCAGCAAGCACUCGGGAGACAAAACCUUAGCGCUGGAGUACCUCAAGGUUGUCAAACAGUUUGAUAUAGUGGUGGAGGCGUACAAAUCUGGUCAAGAGAUGGAUCUCAGCGAACUGCCAACUCCUGAGGGCAUCGCGGCCGCCGUCAAGGGACAGAAGGAAGAAGAACAAGUCCAGAACGCCGCAGAACCAGACCCUGAAGUCCCUCCGGAGCCAGCAGGUUUAAUCACUGCCUCCUCUGUAGACGAGGCUCUGAGACAACGACUCGCGCAUUUUCAGGAACAAGAAAGUAAGGCGAAGGACGAGGGGAACACGUCGAAGGCCCGUCGUAUGGGGCGGAUAGUGAAACAGUACCAGGACGCCAUCAAGAUGCAUAAGGCCGGGCGUCCCAUACCCACCGACGAGCUGCCCACGCCCAAUGGAUACGCACCCAUACCGACUGGCGAGUCGCCCUCCCCGCGGCCCGCUCCGUCUGCUUCCCCCCGCCGUCCCGCCCCUACGUCUGUCCCGUCCCCGUCCCCGUCCCCGUCCCCGUCCCGUGCCCCGUCCCGUUACGACAAACAGAUUGCUCUAUUGCUACACAAACAGAAGCAAUUUAAAGAGGCAGCGCUGCAAGCUAAGAAGGACGGUAACAUCGAACAAGCGAAGGAAUACCUCCGAGCAGCGAAGGGUUUCGAUUCAGUGUUGGAGGCGGCUCGCGGCGGAUUGGCCGUGGACCUCGCCUCACUACCACCAUCUCCCGGCGAACAGAAGACCUUGGAGGACACUUUCGACAUAGUAACAGUGGAGGAAUGCGUGUCUGUUGGCGACAUCACGAGCGAGGAUACCGACGUGAUGGCCGCCUUACAGAGGCAGCUCACCAAGCAGAUGAAGAUGUGUCUCACCAACAAGGAACAUUACCGCGCCAUGGGCAACGUGGCCGAGAGCAACAGGUACCACCACCUCGCCGCCACCACCAAGCAGGACCUGGACAUGGUCAUAGUGGCCAGGAGUCUCAGCCAGGGUCCUCCCAAGUUCCACUACGAGAACCGCAAGUUUUCUAUAGUACAAUGCAACACCGACCUCAACGAGACGGACCUCGAGCUGACCAUAGUCCGAGGGAUCACGUACAACGUCGCCAACCCCAAGGACGUCGACACAUACGUCAAGUUUGAGUUCCCGUUCCCACAGGAUGCGCCCGUUAGUGACCGUACUCAACUGAUCAAAGACACGAACAAUCCUCAGUACGACGCAGUGUUCAGUAUACCGAUACAGAGGAGCUCGAGAGCGUGUCUUAGAGUGUUCAAGAGACACGCCAUCAAGUUUGAGGUGUACUCCAGGGGCGGAUGGUUCAGGAGCGACACCCUGGUGGGUUCCGUGUCUGUGAAGUUGGCGCCUCUGGAGUCCGUCACCACGCUCCACGACUCCUACCCCUUAAUGGAGGGUCGUCGUCCUGCCGGGGGUUCCCUGGAGGUGAAGCUUCGUGUCCGGACUCCCCUACUUCAACAGCAGUUUGAGCACACCACAGUCCGAUGGCUCAUCAUAGACCCAUAGACUACAACAUGCUUGAUAAUUCACAAAAAGUAGUAGGAAAGGUUCGAGUCUCUUAGACGAUUGGGUUAUACACAUAUAACUUUAAAAUAGCAGGUUAUAUUAUAUAAUAUUUUUUGCUAGGUGGCAUUAAUUUUUUAUUUUUCCAAAACAAUGGAGAAAAAUUUGUAAGAACUGAUAAACAGCUUGUUUUAUAGCAAUAUUUAGUGCCACUGUCCUAAAAAAUGUAUUAAUUUUGUUAUGUGAAGUAAUUUUAAUGCUCCUCACAUUGUUUUGUGAACAUUGUGUUGUUUUUUCUCCUUUGACAGUAAUAUUUUUAGUUUCAAACUUAUAUAAAUCCUUUUUAUUUUCAAAAAAUUUCUUCACAAUCGUUUGCUAUUUCAUCUUUCAGCUGAAAUCUCAAAUAAACUGCUUUAAUAAAGACGUGAUCCAUUUAUAUCAUUAAAACAUAAUAAUUUAAGCCAUAAUAAUAAUCUUCAUUCUUUUCAUGUAAAUAACUUUAUAUAUAUAUAUAUUUUACAGUAUAUAUCUUUGUUGUAUUUCCAACAGCAGUUAGAUAAGUUUAUUUUGUAUAUUGAAGACAAAUUAUUGUAUGACAAAUAUUAUGAAGGUGGUAGAGCCUGGCUGUGGUCAUGUAACUACAGCUCGAACAUGGGCUGGCUCGACCGGGCAAGUACCACCUUCUUACAGAAGCUCGGUUUGAAGUAGCCUUUAAUGGCUGCGUUUCAUCCGAUGAGUCAGAGAGCCGGUUGCCCUUUCCCUAUUCCCACCUUUUCCUGACAUUCCCUUAUUCCCACCCUUCCCUAUUCCUAUAAAACAAGCUUGGCAACGCAUCCGCAACAGAGAUGUGCGGAUGUCCAUGGGCGACGGUAGCUGCUGCCCACCAAGUAGGCCGUCUGCUCGUUUGCCACCUUUAACAUAAAAAACAAUAAAUAUAUAUUAUCAUAUGUCAUCAAGUCCACACCGCUUCAAGUGCCUGCUUGCUUUGUACAUAAUGUUAAUACACCAAAUAUAUAUGUAACGUUGAUAUAUCGUUUCAUUCAUUAAAUGUCUUCUGUACGCCAGAAUCUUAUUUAAACUGCCACCUCUGAAUAACCAGUAAUUACCAUAAUUUAUGUGCCCUGUAACAUAAUUUAAUAUCAACAAAAAUAAUUUCUUUAACUCCGAACAAAUGUUUAAUAUUUCGGUUAUAUAGAUUGUGCUUCAGAAUGCAUCGAUAUGAUAAUUGAAUGACAACAGUGUAUUAUUAUAAUAUAUUAACGGUUACCCAGCAUUUGAAGGCUGUUCGAAUAUUUCAUGAGGUCACUGUUACCGGCUGUCGGCCAGUUUGACAGCAUCCAUGCCUUGACUUUGAGACAUUCUGUUUAACUGGAUUUGAUAUGCGGAAGUACAUCGGAAAUUAUUCAUUCACAUUACAUCUGCGAUUCUUUUAACUGUUUAUAAUUUUUAUUUCGUCAUUUCAGAUAUCAAAUAAGUAAAGAUACGAAAUAUCUAUUUCACAGUAUGUGAAAUGGAUUUUUACAUAAAUUUGUUAUUAAUGAAUGUUCCUUCCUAUUAUAACAAAAAAAAUCAAAAAAGGAAGGUGUGGCCCAUGAGGGGAUCGAACCCGCGACCUUCGCGUUAUUAGCACGACGCUCUAACCAACUGAGCUAAUGGGCCUGUACUAGACAUGUCGAAAUAAUAGUAAACUUUAAAUGAGACAACAUCUGUUUAAAUACUAUUUAUAAUGAAUCUAUGAUAGACAGGAGUCAUUUGAAAUACACAUUUUUAUUUAAUCAAAAACAUAUUUUCGUAUGAUUUGUAUGUAAUUUGUUUAGUUUUAAUCUUAUAUAUAGCUUUCUAACUUUCUGUAAAUAGAAACAUUAAGCUCAGACGUGUUUGACGUCAUACCGACACGCGAUCACUGCGAAGGACAUACAACACGUGCGUGUCACACUGCAGAAUAUUGCUCUCUUCGGGAAUAUUUUAAAAUAAAUAUAUAUUUUUAUGCACAAA